AUGAAGAAGAAAGCUUGGGGCUUGUCCAAAACCAUCGGCAGCUUCUUCACCAAUCAGCACAAACUCAUGGAAGAAUUCCCAGAGCGUUACUCUUACAACCCAACUCUGCGUUGGAACGCUGAGCUCGAAAGCUACUUCUCCAAUGCCUAUGGACCCCAGAAUUUCUCUCGCAUCUCCAAAGCCCUGACGCGCCCGUCUUGCUACUCCUGUAUACGGGUGAACACACUCAAGACCACGCCCGAUGCCGUCAUUGACAAGUUGACGGCGGUUCUGAAAGAAAACAGAGCUGACAUUUCCAAGUGUGAAGUCGUAGGGCUGGACAACGUUGUGUUUGUGAGGGGCUCAGGCCCUCACGCCAUUAAUUAUGUUUAUGCUGCAGAUGGGAAGCCUCCAAAGGAGGUUCUUGUGAGCCGGAAAUGUGCCGAGGCAGUUCUUCGAGGUGCCCAGGUGUACGUUCCUGGUGUAUUGGCUUGCAGUGCUCAUGUUGAGAAAGGGGAAUUGGUUGCGGUUUCAGUCUCGGUUGAGCAGCCUGGUGUUGAUGGUGGAUGGGGCGUUGGGAUCACUCGAGGGACUGUGCUGCAAGGUUCACAGACAGAUCCUUAUCAUCUUGAACGAAAUGGGCUGUAUAUUGGCCAAGGAAGAGCAAUGAUGUCAAGGUCCGGGAUGUUCCGUGUUACAGAAGGGCUUGCUGUGGAUAUGAGUGACAGAGUAUUUCAUCUGCCUUCCUUUCGUGACGUGCUUGAGGGGGAAAUAUUUCUUCAAAAUCUGCCAAGCAUUGUCGCUGCUCGUGCACUAGAUCCUCAAAAAGGUGAGCGCAUACUAGACAUGUGUGCUGCACCGGGAGGGAAAACAACUGCAAUAGCAAUUCUUAUGAAGGAUGAAGGAGAAAUCGUUGCUGUUGAUAGAUCUCACAAUAAGGUGCAGGGUAUUCACAAAUUAGCUGCUGAAAUGGGCCUGAGUUGUAUAACCCCAUAUAAACUUGAUGCUCUAAAAGCUGUUUGUGUAAGGAACGAAUCUGAAGAUUUGUCUGAUCCAUCUUGUGCUAAGGAUAAUCAUGGUGGACACAUUCAAGAUUCCAACUUCAUGAAGUCAGAAGUAGAGAAAAUUGAAUCAAUUACUUUUGAAAGGUUGAAUGCUGAGAAUGAUUUUAAGAAAGCUGUUAGCAAUGAAAAAGCGAAUGAGAGUUCUUACAUUAGCAAAGCUGACAUCAGGAAGGAAAUGCGAAGAAAACGGAAUGGUCCAGGAAGAAAUCAGAGCUUGGGUGGUAAGGUUGAGAAGUCAAAAGGCUUUGCUCCCAGCAGCUUUGAUCGAGUUCUUCUUGAUGCACCUUGUUCUGCCCUUGGUUUAAGACCUCGACUAUUUAUUGGAGAGGAAACAAUUGAAUCCUUGAGAAAGCAUGCGAUAUAUCAAAGGAGAAUGUUUGAUCAGGCUGUUCAGUUAGUUCGCCCGGGUGGAGUUAUUGUGUACUCAACCACCCAAGAAUCGGGGGGACCUGGUCUUGUUGGGCGCUUUGAAUUUCCUGAUGGAUAUACUGAGGAGUGGCUAAGACCUGGUGAGGAAGAACUUGUUCAGAGGUUUGAUCCGUUGUCCCCGCUUGACACAAUCGGGUUUUUCAUAGCCAAGUUUGUGGUUGGAUCAAAUGAGACUGACUUACAAAACCUUUCAUCUUGA